GGCUGGGCUUCGGGGACUCUCUAGUGAGGGGCGUUUAUUAAAGAGGGGUCGCCGCAUUUCGGUCGUGCUUCUUAGAGCACGGAGGGUCUUUGCUCGGCCCGCAUCACCUACUAACCUAAUUCCACCCUCCUCCAUCCCCGGACGCCAGACCAAGGAAUGCAAUAAAGGCAAAAGUGUGGGACGCAAAGUGUGGGAUAGGCUGGUGCCAAAGCACUUUACGUGAGCGAUCUCAUUUAAUCCUCACAACCCUAUUGCGUUGGUCCUAUUAAGGACAUUUUACUGAUGAGAGAAAGGAGGCUCAGAGGUCAAGGUGUCCAGUGUCACAGUUACACAGUCAGUGUCAACGGGGCGAGCGUGGGAAGCUGGCCCCAAUGCCCGUUUUCUGGCUUUGCACUGGCCAGAGGCUCCUCGUGGAUGGCCUGCGCCAGGCCGCGGCCCCAGCGCCUAUCCACGGCUUCCGUAUCCAUGAUUAUUUGUACUUUCAAGUGCUGAGUCCUGGGGACAUUCGAUACAUCUUCACAGCCACACCUGCCAAGGACUUUGGUGGUAUCUUUCACACAAGGUAUGAGCAGAUUCACCUUGUCCCCGCUGAACCUCCAGAGGCCUGCGGGGAACUCAGCAACGGUUUCUUCAUCCAGGACCAGAUUGCUCUGGUGGAGAGGGGGGGCUGCUCCUUCCUCUCCAAGACUCGGGUGGUCCAGGAGCACGGCGGGCGGGCGGUGAUCAUCUCUGACAACGCGGUUGACAAUGACAGCUUCUACGUGGAGAUGAUCCAGGACAGUACCCAGCGCACAGCUGACAUCCCUGCCCUCUUCCUGCUCGGCCGAGACGGCUACAUGAUCCGCCGCUCUCUGGAACAGCAUGGGCUGCCAUGGGCCAUCAUUUCCAUCCCAGUCAAUGUCACCAGUAUCCCCACCUUUGAGCUGCUGCAACCACCCUGGACCUUCUGGUAGAAGAGUUUGUCCCACAUUCCAGCCAUAAGUGACUCUGAGCUGGGAAGGGGAAACCCAGGAAUUUUGCUACUUGGAAUUUGGGGAUAGCAUCUGGGGACAAGUGGAGCCAGGUAAAGGAAAAGGGUUUGGGCGUUGCUAGGCUGAAAGGGAAGCCACACCACUGGCCUUCCCUUCUCCAGGGCCCCCAAGGGUGUCUCAUGCUACAAGAAGAGGCAAGAGACAGGCCCCAGGGCUUCUGGCUAGAACCCGAAACAAAAGUAGCUGAAGGCAGGUGGCCUGAGAGCCAUCUGUGACCUGUCACACUCACCUGGCUCCAGCCUCCCCUACCCAGGGUCUCUGCACAGUGACCUUCACAGCAGUUGUUGGAGUGGUUUAAAGAGCUGGUGUUUGGGGACUCAGUAAACCCUCACUGACUUUUUAGCAAUAAAGCUUCUCAUCAGGGUU